GAAAGAACAUGUUACUGCGUAAUGUAAUUUCUUUUUAGGCGUGUUUUAGAAAAAGAUGAAGAGUGUCGUAGAAUAUCACUGUUCCGAAUGUCAACUUGAUGUCAACGACGUCAAAAUAUUGAAAACACGAUUGAAGAGUCGAGUGUUUGCUGUCUAGUAUGUAAUUCGAAGAUCUGAGGGAAGUUUAUUUAUAUUUUCUAAAGCGAUCUACGCUGAUUUUCUGUAUUAUUAUGUUACAUAUAAGAUGGAAAUCGAUCACGGCUUACGCAAUACUAGCAUCCUCUCCAAGUCCUACAUGCGAGGGAUUGAACGAAUUACGGGGAAUCAAAACAAACAACGGGAUGCAUUUGAAAUACCAGAAGUCAUUCAGGCACGUAAAGAAGAGUGGGCAAUGCUAUUUGAAAAAUUCUCUCAGGUGUCUGACGAUCUGGAAUUGUAUAUCCGCACCCUAAAUGCAGACGCUGAGUCAAGUGGAUCGUGCGAAUACCGGGUUCCAGUUCGUAAAUCUGCAGCAGAAGUUCAGUACUGGGUUGAUACAGGGAAUCCUCCAUGUCAGGCUUUUGAGGCUUUAGCAAGUGAUUCGGAUGUAACUAUUUCGAUAAGCGAAAGUGAAGGCGCAGGCUUGGAUGAAUCCCAGUUAUCAACUUCAACAUCGUUGGUUGUUACUAAGCAAUUUGCAAGCAGUAGGGAGCAGCUGUUUGGGACAUGCUCAUCAGGUAGCUCGGUUGAUACUACAGCUUAUAUAUUGUCAAAUGCAAACAUGACAAGGAAAGCCAAUCUUCCCUUCGAUAAGGACCCUCGUAUCGCAAAUAUAACUAACACAAACAAUAAUCGUAUUGGUCGAUUCGUUAGUAACAGAAUCCCAAAGGUUGUGCUGACACGGUUAACAGGGAUUCCUAAACAGACGUCAAACUCAGACAAUAAUGCAAUAUUGCAGAAAAAUAUUGCUCUGGAUCUAAAUUGCAUUAGCAAAAGAGAAUCCUUUGAAAAUGAUAAAAUAAGUGCAAUGGGUGAUAUGUCUUUGGCUGAACGCAUAGGGACUAUUGACAAACGGUGCAAUUCCGACGAGCACAAAGACUCUGAAGUUACUUUGGAGUCUAAGAAGUCUGCCGUAGAUAGUCUUCCCAUUGAAAGUGAGAAGGCAGACGAAAAAAAUAAUAGCGGAAUAUCAUUCCAUUCUUCAAACGUAAUUGUAACAGUUAGUCAAAAAAGAAAAUCAAACUGGAGGAAACUGUACUCAGUCAACCGUGAUGUAUGUGAUGAACUUACGCCGAUGAUCAAACACUGUCAGGAUAGCAGGUCUGGCCGAAAGAGUAUUCAUCCGGCACUAGUAGACAGUUCUUCAACACGUCGACCUAGAAAAUCUGUAUUCAGACCACAGUUGUCCACUUUGACAAGGCGGUCGAAAAUCCGAAGGUUUAAAAAUCGCUCCAUCAAUACAAGCUCUGCCAAGAAUAAGCUUAAGAAAAAAUCGUCUCUCAUUAAAUCGAGGGAUGCCGAGGAUUCCCAAGGGCUGCAUAGAGAUUCGCCUGACAGUAUGGUUAUGAAAAGGAAUGACGAGAUCUACCUUGGUCAAGAAAAAACAAUUGAUUCUCCCACAAAAGAAACUUUGCUUGAAGCAUCGCCAAUCUUGCAUACAAAAUCGAACAAAGUUAUGAAAAGUGAUGACCCAGCUGCUGCUUCUUCCUCUCUAAGUUUGCAAGAUGUUUCAGAAAUUAUAAAUGAGGAAAUGAACAGGAUUCAGGAAACACAUAAUAGCGUAGCUGGAAAACACUUUUUGAAGCAAUCCUUUCCUACGGGAAGUCAGCAAUUUGAGAAUAGACAUAAGGAGGAUGAUCAAGGCUCUGUAUUCAGACCGCCAGCUGAUUCGUUAUCCGAGCUGAUGGACAGUAGAAGACAAAAUAUAUUUGAUGCAAAGAAGAAUUUAUAUGCAACAGAUUUGAAGUCAUGUUCUGACACAAACUCUCCUUUGGCAUCGAGUCCGAGUAAAAUUCAAGUUGCAGAAGAUAAUGGCAGUGAGGCAAGCACAUCAUUGUUGCAUAGUUUCAAGCAAAAAAUAAAAAGACAAAGCAUCUCUUCGCCAACGAAAGUAAAAGCAACCAAUAUUUGUCUUGGUUCAGAAAUUACUGUACGGAAGCCAAUAAUUAUCCUGCAUGAUUUUCUGCACCUGAAAAAUUGUUGUGGUGAACUGGAAAAACAACAUAACAAGAAAUGGCUCAGUAAACAACAUCAGAAUGAAAAUUUACACACAGUUGAGAAAGACAUGGAUGAGAAAAAUUCGCUGCAAGACAAUUCGGUUCAAGAAGAUAAUGUAAACUUCAAAUUUACGCAAUCAUUGAACCACAGAGACUCUGAGAUGAACAAAGCAAAGUUGAAUAAGAAAUUGACAUCUUUGAAGAGCAAUAAUGAUAUUUUAACGAAGAAUAUAGAUUUAGUUAUCGACAAUCCUCGUUUGUCAGAUCAAAAAUUAUCGCCUCUGAAAACUCACGAGCCAAUUGAAGAUAUUCAUUGCGCUUCUACUACUGGAAUCAGUUGCCGUCCUGAAGCAGCAACGAGUAUACAAUUAUCAAAGGAUAGAAAGGCAACGGUUAAAACGACCAACAGAAACUGUAAUUCACAAGACUCAUUAUUUCAUCUUAUAUCUUCAGACGAGGAAGAUAUUUUAGAAACAUUGACGCGCCGUUUGAAAUCACGAUCGUCUAGAAAAACGAGAUCCGUCCGAGAAACGGGAGGAACGGAACUUAUCGAUCGAGGUGAAAACCGUACAGUUCAAACUCCAAAGAAAUCUCAAGGCGCAGAGCUCAAUAGUGCACGUUAUAAAAUAGUCUCUAGCAGUUCAGAAGAUGAAACGAAUAUCAUGAAUGGGAGAGGUUUGCAACACAAAAAAAUUGCUAGUUCCAGGACAUUUACAAAGCUAAGCUCCAAGAAAAAUAAGGGGAAAAGUUCUCCAAAAUCUGAACAAACGACAUCUCCAGUACAAGAUGAAUGUGUGAAUAAGGCAGAUAGCUUUCAAAGUGAUGAUCAAGAAUUAGAUCGCCAAUCUUUGGAUGUGAACAAACAUUUUGAAAUGAAGAAGGGUAAUCCGGCUAAUAAUCAAAUACACAAUUAUAACGAGUCACAUGAAAGGAUGGAUGAAAAUAUCCCCAAGUCUAAGCUACCAAUUUCUCACAAGACUGACAACACCAGGACAACUGUACUGAUGUCACGUACCAAAGAAAAUUUCACAGAAAAAAAUUCGAAGCACUCUAUAACACCCAUUGAUUUGGCUUUGAAUGAUAGAUCAAAACUACGUAAGAAUAUCUCGAAAUCAAAUGUAUCGUCCGAAGAUGAGAGAAGAAUAUAUACAAGAGAGCACCGGGACGCGGUUGGAGUGGUGAAGAAGUUGGGUAACACCCGAUUGAAGAAGAAGAGAAAAUCGAAUUCUCAGAUUGACGACAAUACAAGUGCUGAUUCCGUCAGGACUGAAGGAGAGCUGGAACUUGGAAGGGUACAAAAUUACAAAAAUAGGAGAAAAAGUUUUUGUGAGAUGGAUAAGGUAGACGAGGCGAUCGAUGGAAACUUGGCAACUUCCAAUGGUUGCGAAAGAUUUCUGAUAAUUUCUAGUGACGAGUCAUUUAAAAAUGAUGAUCCGACGAUUUCCCGCUUCAUGAAUUGCGCUGGUACGAAUUCUCAGAGGAAAGAAAAUGAGAACAACGAUGAGAGUUACAAUUCAAAUUCAUUAAAAGAUUCUAUGAGUCCUACAAAGCAGGGACUUGUAUAUGAAAAAGACACGCGUUCGUCAUUGAAAAAAAUCUCUGUAACUGGACAAAAAAAAUCAAAGAUUAUUUUCUGCACGAAAGAAUACUGGGAAUCAGAUUCUGAUUAUUCGUAACUUAUUUUGAAACUACACAAGUUACAGUAAUGCUUAAAUAAAACAGUUUACUGUUGUGACUAUUUAUACAUAAUUACUGGAUAUUGUUAUUAACGUUUCGUUGUUGAGACUUUACAAAAAUAGCAUGAUAUUCGUACGCACUUAUAGCAUAAAACGCACAGUUACAAAAGACUUUAAAUCUAUGAAUUUUGUGAUAUUUCGAUUAAGAGUGAACCACCGUAGCCAUCAUAUUUGUGGUGGACGGUAGAGUUAACUGGUGGUCAACGUAGGAACUUCCAUGGUCAGGAGUGCACAUAUAUGCAAAAUAAUUUAUGGUGCCUUCGAGGUCGCAAAUUUCUACAUUUUUUUUUGACGAGAACAUGUGCAGAAAAUUGGUAUCAAAGACUGAUGCAGUUGUAACGAUUUAUAGUUUUUUGUUUUUAUUUCUGCGUUAUAUUCGAAAAUCGAAAACUAAUUCACAUCUAAUCAACGCAUGUAACAGCAUAAUCAAUUCAAAAGAAUAAGUCAAUAAUUUGUGCAACUGUUGCCGAUUCGUCAAGUAAAUAAACAAUAAAAGAGAAAAACUUUUAACACCACGUUUUGAAACCACAAGCAGGACGUUUGAUUAUGUGAAUACAAUUAGUUUCUUGUUCUAUUUAAUUUUCCUUAAUGUAAAUAAGAACAUUAAAUUCUUUGCUAAUCAGGUUUACUGGUCCUAAGAUCUAUUAAUAUUUAGAAGUAUAAUUGUUAAAAGUAUCAGUAUACAAUUAUACAUAGCUAUAUAACUUAUUAAUAAAUUAAGGGUAUCUGUAAUAUAUGUUAUAUAUUUUUCUUACUAAAAAUUAUCAUAACGAUAAGUUCUAAAGUUUUAACAAUAUACUAUCGAAGAAUCGAUUUUUUUUAUCCUGUAAAAUAAAUUGUAUCGUGUCCACGGCAAGUUAUAGAAUUAUUUACAUAAUGCUGUAGAGU